ACAAACAGCAAGGUACGCAUGUGACAAUUGAAAUUAAAAAGCACCAACAAUUUUACCGAAAAGUCGUGUUUGCGACAAGAAACAAAGUUCAGCUUGAAAGGAGAUACAGUUGAGAAACAGUGGAACAUUUUUGCUUUGGUAUUCUGUUAUCAACAGUUGGAUUUGGGGGCAUUUUUGUACUGACUGGAACUUGUCUGCAGUGUCAGUCGGUCAUUUCCAUUUUAUUUUGAGUCAAUAGAUUUUAGUGCAAAGUGUCACUCUGGUCACUGUCUGUUUCAGAUCGAGAAAGAUUCGUCAGUCCACAUUGUCACUAAAGCUACUUCACAAUGGCCGGAGUAGACCAGUUGAAGUUGGAUCUUGAGGAGAUCAAGCGGCUGACCCCCUUAGCAGCUCGUCAACGCGUUAAGGGCGUCCUGUCUGUUGAGAUGAGUCGUAUUGAAGCAGAGAUUGCACAACUGCAACUCUCAUCCGUCAUAAGCAGCGGUGAAGCCACAAAACCAACAAAGGAGCAGAAACCGGCAAUGAAGGACCAACUUAGCACAACGACGAUCAAGACUUAUGGCUGGGACCAGUCAGACAAGUUUGUAAAACUUUACAUCACAGUUAACGGUGUACAAAGCGUCCCAGAGUCCAGUGUGUCUGUGGAAUAUACCCAACAAUCUUUCAAGCUCCUUGUGCGAGGAUUAAACGGUUCCAAUCAUCAACUUUCCAUCCUUGGUCUCCUCAAUUCCAUCAUUCCAGACGAGAGUCACUAUAAGAUCAAGACAGACAGUGUAGUCAUUUUUCUGAAAAAGCAACAGCAGCAAGAGAAGUGGUCUUACCUGACACAGGCUGAGCAGCGAAUCAAGGACAAAGGAAAGCCGCAAGCUAAGCCAGAAGCGAAUGCAGACCCCAGCGGUGGAGUCAUGGACAUGAUGAAGAAGAUGUACGACGAGGGAGACGAUGAGAUGAAGAGGACCAUCGCUAAGGCCUGGACAGAGUCUAAGGACAAGCCAGGAUCCGGUAUGGGUGGAAUGGGUGGUAUGUCAGGGAUGGGAGGUAUGGGUGGAAUGCCAGGAAUGCCAGGAAUGGGUGGAAUGCCAGGUAUGGGUGGAAUGCCAGGUAUGGCUGGGAUGGGAGGUGCAGGUGGAAUGGGUGGUCUGGGUGGGUUGGCUGGGAUGGCAGGUAUGGCUGGGAUGGGAGGAUUGGGUGGGAUGGCAGGAAUGGAAGGGCUUGAUGGGAUGGGUGAGGCGGAUGGGUUGUAACCAUUGGGGCGAGGGUAAGGGUGGAUGUUUUGUAGGGUAUGGGUGGGGUCUCGGAAGCUACUUCAAUGUCAAGUCGUUCAUUCUAUGAGUUGGUAGCCUAGUGGGAGGGUUAGGGGAGAUGUUUGUUGGGUAUGGGUGGGGUUUCAAAGGCUACUUAACCAAGAUUGACAAGUUGUUGAUUCAGCAGUGUUUGAAGAGUGGGUAGCCUAGUGGGAGGGUUAGGGGAGAUGUUUGUAGGGUAUGGUUGGGGUUUCAAAGGCUACUUAACCAAGAUUGAUAAGUUGUUGAUUCAGCAGUGUUUGAAGAGUGGGUAGCCUAGUGAGAGGGGAAGGGUGGGUGCUUGUAGGAUAUGGGGCGGGGUCAAGAGCUACCUCUUGAAGGUAGUCGAGUCUUCGUUUUUUCCAAAAUGAUUGGGUCGCCUUGGUGGGGAGGGUUAGGGUGUACGUUUGUAGGUAUGGAGCGGGGUCUCAAAAGCUAAGGCUGUUUGAGUCAUUGGUGGGUAGCCUAGUAUGAGGGUAUGGAGCAGGGUCUAACGGCUACAUCACCAAGGCAGUAACAAAGUGCCUCAAGGUGGAUGUGUGCACAGACCAACUUCACGACCAGCACUCUCAGGCAGGCUUCAAGGUAACCAUGUGAUUGUCUAAAUGUGAAA